AUGAUUCGAGAAGAUGACCCUCGGUUCCGGAUUACUCCAUUCCAGCAAAUGGCAUCGGCAUGUUCCGGUGCUCUUAUAACCUCGUUAUUCAUGACUCCACUAGAUGUUGUCAAAAUAAGGCUUCAAGCGCAGCAGAAGGCGUUGCUCUCGAAUAAAUGUUAUUUGUAUUGCAAUGGUCUUAUGGAACAUAUAUGUCCCUGCGGCGACUCUGCCUGGAUACCGAGACGAGUACAUUUCAAUGGCACAAUGGAUGCUUUCUAUAAAAUAGCCAAAUUAGAAGGAGUUCCUGCAUUAUGGUCUGGAUUAAGUCCUACAUUAAUCCUAGCUCUUCCAUGUACAGUUAUUUAUUUUGUAACAUAUGAACAACUGAGGUAUAGGAUGAAAACAAAUUACAAUAAUUAUACCAAUAAACCGGGACAACCGAUGUGGAUACCAAUGUUAGCAGGAGCAACAGCCAGAACGAUAGCUGUUACUAUCGUCAGUCCUCUAGAACUAAUAAGAACAAAAAUGCAGUCGACAAAACUGAGUUAUUCAGAUAUAAUGUCAGCAUUACGUCAAGUCAUAAAAUAUGAAGGAUAUAAAGGUCUCUUUCGUGGACUCGGCUCUACUUUAUUGAGAGAUGUACCAUUCUCAGGUUUAUACUGGACCACAUUUGAGUCAACAAAGAACAUUUUUAACAAACCAGACUCAGAAAAGAAUACAUUUUUGUUUAAUUUCUUCUGUGGAUCUGUCGCGGGCAGUAUUGCGGCGUUAGUAACACUUCCAUUUGACGUUGUCAAAACACAUCAACAAAUAGAAUUAGGCGAAAAAGAAAUUUAUACAGAUGGUAAAGUCCAUCAAAGAGCAUCAAAUAUGAAGGAAAUAGCACACACAAUAUACACCAAUCAUGGAUUUAAAGGAUUGUUCACUGGUUUCCUGCCGCGAAUAUUCAAAGUUGCACCAGCAUGUGCAAUUAUGAUUGCGACCUUUGAAUAUGGAAAACAGUUUUUCCAAACAUAUAACACUCAGAAAUAUAAGGAAAAAAUGCAAAGGCACCAAGAAAUAUUGUUGAUGAGCCAAACAUCAGCCAAAAAUGAUUAUUCAUAA